GGCGCUGUAAGAACGGGAGUCCACUACCAAGGAGCAAGCAUGUCCUUGCACAGAUUGAUGGUCUAUUUGUCGACAGCAUGCAUGUUUUGCUACAUGAUAGGAGUCACUCUCAUUGUCUCAAUUUUGCAUUUUAUUUCUCCAAGUCUCACCAAGAAGCUAGUGCUCAAAAUGGGUGAAAAGAGCACCAUGACUCAGAAUCCCAACUUUAAGUAUGAAGACUGGGGUCUGACAUUCGGAUCUAUGAAUUUCAUAAAAGUGGCAUCUUACCACAUGUGGAUGUCUCUCGGACAAGCGGCGUUUGAAGGGGGAGACGCUCCGGAUACACCUGUGGUCACCAUGGAGGGAAAGAAAACAAGUAUCGGCAAGUACUUGAAAGACAACAGACCGCUAGUGUUGAGUUUUGGAAGUUGCACCUGACCCCCGUUUAUGUACAAACUUGAGGAGUUCAAGCAACUCGUCAAGGACUUAAGCGAUGUAGCUGACUUUCUUGUGGUCUACAUCGCCGAGGCGCAUUCAACAGAUGGUUGGGCCUUUACCAACAACAUUGACAUCAACCAGCACCAGAGCCUGGAGGACAGGCUGUCUGCAGCACAGAUCUUGCUUCAAAAGGAGCCUUUGUGUCCGGUGGUUGUGGAUGAAAUGAAUGAUGUCUCUGCCAUAAAGUAUGGUGCUCUGCCAGAGAGGCUUUACGUGCUGCAGGCUGGGAAAGUUGUCUACAAGGGGGGAGUUGGGCCUUGGUCUUAUGAUCCCAUGGAGGUGCGUUCGUUCCUGGAUAAGAUGAAAUAAGAAGGUUGUUUUUCCGAGCCAUGUAUUUUCCAUGCAACAGGUCUUAUAUGUAGGGGUCUCUGUGUUCAGGAGGAGAUGAGGGUAUCAACAUCAUAAUCACUGUAUAAUACUCAUGUAACACAAUGCCAUCCUGUUUUUUGUUUUUUUGUUUUUUUGUUAUUGUUAUUUUAAUCAAGACUCAAAUCAAGUCACUGCCACGUCUACAUGUAGUUCUGCAGCUGCUCUCUGGCAUCCCUUACAUCAACUAUUGCAUAAGUAGAAAUGUUAUAACCCCUACAAACUUGCACUAAUAUUGCUUCAAGGCUCUCCUGUACUCUGAAAACAUACCGAAAACUCAGUCUCUUGAGGUUGAGCUCGCCUCUCAGUGUUUCUUAAUGACGGCUGCAGAUUAAACCGUUGGCCUCUGUAGCCAGAUGAAGUGAGACACAGAAAGACAGUCCAGUCAUGAGUUUGUGUUUGAGGUGUUGAAUAAUGUACAGGAGAUUUCACCUAAUAUGUUGUCAUAAUUCCAAAGUUUAAAAGACCUUAAGAUUUAAGUGAAUGAAAGCACUUGUUUCCACUUGUCUUGCAGGUCCAGUUGUUAAGUAUACAGUCAGUAUUGUAAACUGUAUUAACUGCUCUAUAAAUGCUUCGAGGUGAUUUUCCGGGAGGCUGCUUUUUAUAUGAUGAUUACAGUGUAAACCUCUGGUAACUGUAAUCUGAUGAAACAUUAUCUAAAAGCAAGCCCUCCUUUAAUUAUGUCGGAGCAUUUCUGAUGAGACUCAUAAUAAGCAUCUUGUUAAACAGUUUGCAUUUUCUUUGAAUGUUCUCAUAUCAUAAUGAAAUGUUUUUCUUUUGAAUGUUUGCAUUGUAGUAUAAUAAAGAAUAACCUGGGAAAA